UUAAUUGGAGGGUUACCUGGAGACAGCUUUGAACGGCCUCACUGGAGUAUCAAGGGGCACUCACACCGACCGUCCGCAUUGAUGGACUCCAUCAACAAAGAUGUUGUUAGCAACGGGUCUGACCAUUCGAAAGGGGAGAUGGUAGAGCUUCCAAGUCCCUAUACCCUCGAGGAAGAAAAAGCCGUCUUGCGCAAGAUUGACUUGGUGAUCCUGCCAUUUAUGUGCUUCGUUUUCUUCUUGCAGUAUCUUGACAAGCAGAGUCUGAGCUAUGCGGGCGUCUUCGGUCUCAUCGAGGACCUCAACAUGACUAGCUCACAGUACUCAUGGUCAAGCUCGAUCUUCUAUGUCGGCCAACUUGUCUCUGAGUAUCCCUUUAUUUAUCUGAUGAGUCGACUUCCACUGACAAAAUUUGUUGGUGCCACUGUGAUUGUCUGGGGCAUUAUCUGUAUGUGUUUGACGGCACCGCAGAACUUCGCUGGCUUCGCCACUGUCCGAUUCCUCCUUGGAUUCAGCGAAGGUGCCGUCUCCCCUGCCUUUGUCACAAUAACCAGUAUAUGGUACCGGAAACAAGAACACAACCUUCGCACCGCACUGUGGAUUUCGAUGAACGGUCUAGCACAAGUACUAGGGUGCUUGCUGAUGUACGGUAUUGGCAAGAAUACAUCCCUCCCAAUUGCCCCUUGGCGCGUGUUGUUUAUUAUCUGCGGUGCGAUUACCAUUGCUGCCGGUGUGGCAUUCUUCUUCCUGAUGCCCAACGGACCGAAAGAUGCGUGGUUCCUGAAUGCUCGGGAUAGGGAAGUUCUCUCACUUCGCAUGGCGCAAGAUCGCGACGGCGGCGACAAGACAUCUUUCUCAAUGAGCCAGCUCAAGGAAACUCUCAUGGACCCUAAGGCUUGGGUGAUUUUCUGGUUUGGAGUUUUGGUUUGUAUGCAGUCUCCUGUUCUGACUUUUGCAUCGCUCGUCAUUAAAUCAAUUGGAUAUACCAAGCUUGAGACCAUGCUCUACACAGCUCCAUCGGGGGCUGUGCAAAUUGUCUUACUUUGGAUCGGAGCCGGAUUGGUCUACCUUUUCCCAAACCAGCGAACAUUGAUUGUUCUCGCUCUCAUUAUUCCCCCUCUCAUUGGAACCGUCUUCCUGAUGAAGUUGGAUGUCUCUGCGCAAUGGGGGCUGAUUGUUGCAUCUUGGCUGGCUUCUUGUAUCACCGCUUCGAUGACAAUACUUCUUUCUCUUGCAGCUUCAAACUUCAAAGGUAAUACCAAGCGAGCUGUUGUCAAUGGUAUGUUCUUCAUUGGCUAUUGUGCUGCUUGUAUAGCCUCGCCUCAGCUUUGGACCCACAGCCCACGGUACACGGAGGGUGUGAUUACAUCCAUUGUGACUUGGUGUCUUCUGUUUGUAGUUGUGAUUUUAUUCCGCUUCUUGUGCACGUGGGACAACAAACAACGCGAUGAGCAGGCGGCAAAUUUCCAGUCUCUUGGUAUGGAAGACCAUGUGGAUCUUGAUGAGAAUGGAUUGCCACAAACCGACUUGACAGAUAAGCAGGAUCGGCACUUCCGGUAUGUUUGGUAA